AAAAUUGAUUCUUCGUCCCUCGCAAAUCGACAACUUCACGACAACCAUCUCCUAAAGAUUUGACCAACUGGACAAUAAUAAAUCAAAUCGCAAAGAUGGCACCUUCUCAACUCCCCGCGAUUUUUAAUCCUACCUCCCAGGAUAUUGAGCAGCUUUUGGCCGCUCAAUGCCAUUUGGGAUCCAAGAACUUGCAAGUUCACAUGGAACCAUACCUCUGGAAGACUCGCCCAGACGGAAUCAAUGUUAUCAACAUUGGCAAGACUUGGUACGUUUGAACAGGAGAAAGGGUGAAAGGGCCAAUCAAGGAAACAUGGGUCUAACAAAUUUAUUUUACAGGGAGAAGAUUGUCCUCGCUGCCCGCAUCAUCGCAGCCAUCGACAACCCAGCUGAUAUCUGUGUUAUCUCCGCUCGUCCUUACGGUCAACGUGCUGUCUUGAAGUUCGCCGCACACACUGGUGCUGUUGCCAUCGCUGGUCGUUUCACCCCUGGUAACUUCACCAAUUACAUUACCCGAUCCUUCAAGGAACCCCGCCUCAUCAUUGUUACCGACCCACGUACCGAUGCUCAAGCUAUCAAGGAGGCUUCCUACGUUAACAUCCCAGUUAUCGCUCUUUGCGACACCGAUUCCCCAACUGAGUUCGUAGAUGUAGCUAUCCCAACCAACAACAAGGGUCGUCACUCCAUUGGUUUGGUUUGGUGGAUGUUGGCUCGCGAGGUUCUCCGUCUCCGUGGUUCCAUUGCUUCCCGCGAGGCUGAAUGGGACACCAUGGUUGAUUUGUACUUCUACCGUGACCCAGAAGCUGAGGAGAACAAGGAUGCCGUUGAGGAGGCUAAGGCUCCAGGUGCUGAUGAGGUACGUUAAAUGUUUAAUUGAUCCAGAAAGAUCCAUCUCUGACUUAAUUUCCCAGGUCGGUGCCGCUGCCGUUGACCAAGGAUUCACCGGUACCGGUGAUUGGGAAGUUUCUGGUGCUACUGCCGGUGCAUUCACUGCUGCUAGCAACACUGCUGCCGCUGGUGGAGCUUCAUGGGAUGCUGCUGAGCCAUCUGACUGGGCUGCUACACCAGCUGCCGCUGGACAAGAAUGGGCUGCUUCCGGAGCUACUGAGCAAUGGUAAAUGUCAAUACCCAACAACAAAAAUAAUUAAGAUGUUUCCGCAAUGAUCUAUAUCUCUUGGGGGUCAAAUUUGAAAGCACUAAUGAGGGAAAGAUACUCGAUAACUGUUCAUGUGCCAUGGUUUGAGAGGGAAAGCCCUGUGCGUUCAAAAGGAGUGGACUUGAUCGUUAUUCCGCUCUCAAUGAUAUAAGUCUCUGGUUGUGGCACUACAAUCUUAGAUAUUUUUGCAAAGGAUUGAUAUUCUUGAUGUGAUAUGGCUGAAAUGACGCUCCGUCG